UGACAGUGACAUUGCAGUGACAUAACGUUGUAUUUGAUUUUUGUAAACAUUACAUUUUCAAAACGUUAUUUUUGUUUUAUCACUGAUACUAUGAGCAAUUAAUUUGUGUAAUAAUUUAUUAAAGAUGCACAUCUGUUGUGUAAAUGGAUGUACACGUGAAUCGUAAAAGAAGAAGAAGGAAGUGGCCUAUCAUUCCAUAGGAUACCUAAGGAUGAAAAUUUAGCUGCAAAAUGGAGGGAAGUAAUACCUGGCAAAAUAUCCAAAACAUCAGCUGUAUGCAACUUACAUUUCAACGAUGAUGAUUUUGUCAAUGUGUUCAGUAGAAAACGGUUAAAAGGGAAUGCAGUACCGUCCAUAUUUCCUAAGAUUUUGACACCUCAUAAGCUGUGGCGUGCACAAGUUUCGGAGACAGGGUUGCCAAGUGACAAUAGUCAGCAAGGUCUCUGGUUGUCCGUAGCACCAUUAGAUCCGAAGUUCUAUUCACCAAGUAACCUUUUUGUAGAAUCUGAUGACGAGGAAUGUACAGAAUCUGGAGCGGUUCCUAAAGAAGAAAUAUCUUCAGAUGAGGCAACACAUUCUUUACAUGAAGAGCCUAUUAAGGAAAAGCCGGCUAUUCCAAUAGUGCGAAUAAUACCAUUGUCUAAGGAAAUACUAAUGAAAUACUCUAGCAGACAUAUAGAAAAAGAAAAUGAUAAAAAACAAAACAUACAUGAUACUAACAAGCUACGCGUGUGCAAGUUGUGUCUCAGGAUAGAUGCGAAGAUGUUUGAUCUCAACGAAGAGACUUUAAAUAAGAUGUAUCUAUAUGUUAUAGGAAUUGAGCCGAGGACAGACUCCAAGGAUAGGUUUCCGAUGAACAUAUGUUGGGAAUGUAAGGCGCGGCUGCAUGCAGCGGCCGCGUUUAAAUGUAAAGCGCUGACCAGUGAUCAAUUGAUGCAGGAACAUUUGGAUUCUCAUGAAGAGCUAAAUAUAACUGAAAUACAAAAUCUCUAUCAAGAACAUAAUUUAAAAUCAAGUUUAGCAAUUGACGAAAUAGAGACUUUUAACUGUGAAUCGGAAACACAUAUAAACACAGAAUCAGAUCCAUUAGUUAAAACUGAAACUAUAGAAUUAACUUUUGAUGAAGAUUUAGAUGACAAUUCAGAAAUAAAUGAAAUUGUAAUAAAAAAUGAAAAUAAAAUUUCUGACGAUGAAACGGAUGCUGAAUUAGAAAUAAUAACUAAUAACAGUCAAGAUAGCUUUCAAUGUGACGCUCCUAAAGUGAAUUGGGAUAAUAUUCUACUGGUAAAGACACCUACAGUUGCCGAUAACCAAUUCAAUAUAACAGUGUUUGAUAAUGAUGCCAAAAUGGCGGAUAUGAAUGACACGAACGAUGAUUGCUUUGAUACGAAUACGGACGAUGGUGCUGAGAAAAUUGUGGUUAACAAUACAGUGAAGAGAAAGACUAGAAAAAUGGAUACAUCGAAGAAUCGAUGGAUUGUACCGCAGGAAAACGCGUAUGGGAUACCAAUAGAUGAGACCGUGUUCACUGUGAAAUCUCUAUCGCAAGAGCGGCUUAUUGAAGAAGUAAUGGCUCGCAAGAAUAGUGCGAGAUAUUUAAGGGCCCCCUAUAAAUGUACCGUCUGUUUUAAAGGGUUCCUUAGAAAAGAUAAAUUGGAGAGACAUAGUAUGAAACAUAGUGAGAAAGCGGGUCCUUUAAAAUGCGUCAUUUGUAAGGUCCGUAUGAAAUUGGGUAGGCAGAUGAAGAAACAUAUGAGGAGACUACAUACUUCGGAGUUUAUUUGUAAACUCUGCCCGCUAGUCACGAGACAUAGGGACGUAGCGCUCGCGCAUGUGAAAUACCACGGCGGCACUAAAUUCAUUUGCCCGCAGUGUGGGGUGCAAUUCGAUAAAAAGACGACGAUGUUAAGCCACCUCCGCCUCAAACACAUGUCAGACUGUGUGUGCGAACUGUGUGGAUAUACGUUCGUCGGAGACAACGGAGUGCGCGCCCAUAAGCGGUUCAGGCAUAAAUUCGAUGACAAAAAUCAGCCAUUGGAUGGUCCGCACUGCGAAGUCUGUGACGUACAAUUCUUGAACCAGAAAGCAUACGAGACACAUCUGCGACUCUCCUCUAAGCAUUUAGAGAGUGAAGAUGAUCCCAAUCGUUUGUUUAACGACUCGUCGAAAAAAACACGUAAAUUUGACGACGCCACGGCAUUCGAUCGUCGAUGCAGACUGUGGCGUGAAGAUACCGAUAGAUUUCAAACCAUCGCUUGUGAACAAUGCGGCGUACAUUGCGGCGGUGUCGCAGCAUACAAGUGGCACUUUCACCGCGCACACCCGGGCCUGGGGCUGUCACCCGCGCAGUUCACUCAGGUAGAACGCAAGCCCUUCAUGUGCGAGCAUUGCGGGAAAAUGUUCGCGCACAAAGUGAGUUUAGAAAAUCACACGCGUGUCCAUACCGGGAAGAAACAAUUUCAGUGCGAUGUAUGCAGUAAACGUUUCAGUGUGAAGUUCACACUUAUUGAACAUAUCAAGCACCAUGACUCUAAUUACCAACCCAUUGAAUGCCGGCUCUGUGGGAAACAGUUUGCCUACAAAAAUAACAUGAUGAGGCAUUUACGUAUACAUACAGGAGAGAAGCCUUUCAAGUGUGGUGUGUGUGAAAAGGCGUUCGCGGCUAAAUGCGAUCUCCAGGCUCAUGUGAAACAUGUACAUUUGAAUGUACCUAGACCAAAGCGUGUUCGGCAGAGACCUAAGAAAAGUGAUGCAAGUUUAAAAGACCGAUCUCAGGAAACUCCCCGUAAACAUGCCUUUACUAAGGGUAAAUUAAAAGCAUGAGGCUAAACUUACACCCUUACUUAUAUGUUGCAACGUUACACCUUUUAUCCAAGAAGGGGUAGGCAGAGGUGCACAUUACGACACAAUGCCGCUAUACAAGUACAUCUACUUUUCAGCACUUGUGUUAUAAGUCCCAUGUAAUAGGGGGUGAGCCUAUGGUCAUAUACCGGACAAAAUUUCAGACUCCGUGCUACUACUGAGAAAUUUUUGGAAAACCGUUAAAAGUCCAAUAAUAAUCUGUCCGACCCGGGGAUCGAACCCGAGAUCCCUUGCUACCACUCGACCAACGGUGCAAAGUGAGUAUACAUUAUAUACAGUGGCAUUAUGUGCCAUACUGUGCACCUCUGCCUUCCCAUUCGGUGAUUAAAGGCGUGAUGAGAUAAUAAAAUAAAUACACAUAACAAUACAUAAUAUAUGAUGUUAUUAUAAUAAAGAUUUAUAAGAAUAUACUA